AUGGGUGAGAAAAACUGCACCUCUGUGGCAGAGUUCAUUCUUCUUGGCUUUUCUGAUGUCCCUGACCUGGCAUUCUUUCUCUUCCCAGUAUUUUUUCUUAUUUAUGGAGCGACUGUCAUAGCAAACCUGGGCAUGACUGUGUUGAUUCAGAUUAGCUCUCAACUUGACACUCCUAUGUACUUUUUCCUCAGCCACCUGGCCUUUGUGGAUUUCUGCUACUCCUCCAUCAUUGUGCCCAAGGUGUUCACUGAUAUCAUGAAGAAGGAAAACAUUAUUUCUUACCUGGGAUGCAUGGUACAAUUUUAUUUAUCUUGUGCUUUUGCUAUCACCGAGGUCUUCCUAUUGGCUGUGAUGGCCUAUGACCACUUUGUGGCCAUUUGUAACCCACUACUGUACAUGACCAUCAUGUCUCCAAAGCUCCGUAGAGCACUGGUGUCUUGUUGCUACCUCUACGCAUCAGUGUGUUCUCUGACUCACCUGUGCUUAGCCCUGGAGAUGCCAUCAUUUGAGUCAAAAGUGAUUAACCACUUCUUUUGUGACCUGCCUCCUCUCUUAAGUCUUGCUUGCUCUGAAGAGAAUGAGUUAUUCUUCUUCAUUGUUGUCAAUUUCAAUGAAAUUCUCACUAUUGUAAUCAUCUUCACAUCCUAUUUGUUUAUCCUCAUCACCAUCUUGAAGAUACAUUCUGCAGAGGGGAGAUGCAAAGCCUUUUCCACCUGUGCCUCUCAUCUUACAGUCAUCAUUGUCUUCCAUGGAACAAUCCUUUUUAUUUAUUGUCAGCCCAACUCUGGCGAUAGUGUGGAUGUUGAUAAAGUGACUACAGUUUUCUACACUGUGUUCAUUCCCAUGCUGAAUCCCCUGAUCUACAGUCUGAGGAAUAAGGAUGUGAAAGAGGCUCUCAGAAAAGUGUUAGGCUCUCAAAAUAUUCUUUACUAA